UUGAAGACAUAAAUGUCAUAUGGUGUAAACAUUAUGAUGUGUCAUUUUCUUCUGUUUUCCGAUAUUGGAAAAGAAAAAUUAGAACAGUAAUGCAAAAAAGCUGAUUUUAAAAUUUAGUAAUUCUUUCUAAAUAGACAAUCGUGCUUUGAAAAUGGAUAUCACAUCCUUAUUCAAAGCUUCAGUGAAAACAGUGCGCCUGAAAUCUUCGGGAAAUACGUUCCCGAUGCCGAAUAAAUCGAGGAUCCUCUCUAAAAAGCCGAACAAUGAAUUUUCGGAAAAAUCCAAGAAGAUUCGUUUCCAAAUUACCCAGUUGAAAAAUCUGCUUGUAGAGAACCGUGCUGCCUACAUGCAAUUUGCAUACCACUUGAAAAACUCCGCACAAAUGACAGACGAAGAGCGUGAUAUUAUAGACCGAGAAUCAGAAAACAUUAUCCGGAUGUGCACGGAAAUGUUGAACGACUUCAAAGCCGACUGCCGGAAAAUGAAGCGUAGUAAACAAAUGACCGAAUUUAUGGAACUGGUGUUAGAAGCCUUGUCCGGGUACAUGAACGCUGUCCAUCACAUUGCAAACGAGCAGCGGCAGUUCCGGAUACAGCGGGAACUGGAGACAUACAAGUUUCUUAAGCUCAACUCGGAUAGAAAAUCACUUUCCGUUAUUCCUCCUAAGUUGCUAAGCGUUCCAGCGAAUGGCCUUAAAAAGCAUCGCAAAACGGACAACAACCGGUCGUCAACGGUAGACGAUGAUGAAAUGGACGGCUACGCCGACCAUUUGGGAGCAUCAAAGGCUAAAAUGAUUUCACAGGACGAAGAGCUAGAUAACACAAGUUCUUUCCUGGAGGAAGAAGAGGAACUAAGUCCUGAAGAUAUACAGAUUUUCGAGUCGGAAAAUGUGCAACUUUAUAAUGAACUGAAAGGCCUAUCGGAAGAGGUGGAACAGAUAGAGAAGAACGUAGUUGACAUUGCUCAUCUCCAGGAAAUCUUCACGGAAAAGAUUUCCCUGCAGAAAACUGACAUUGAACGAAUCGCCAAUACUGUGGUGGGUGCUACCGAAAACGUGAAAGAUGCCAACGAGCAAAUUAAACAAGCAAUCCAGCGGAACGCCGGCCUUCGAGUGUGGGUACUCUUUUUCCUUAUCGUGAUGUCUUUGACCUUGUUGUUUCUCGAUUGGUAUAACGAUUGAAGCUAUUGCAACAACAACGACGGCCCCAAGCAGUUGCCUUGUGAUAUCUCGAGAAUAACAACUCUGACUGGUCUGUAACAUUAUCUAUUCCUUGUUAGGGGUCUUGUUUAUACUUGUGGGUAUCAGGUAUUCCGGUGUGUAGGUCGGUUGACAUAAGCUGCAUUUAAAUCCUCCUUUUUGACAUCUGCAAAAGCGUAAUAUGGUUAAUCUAUAUAGUGUUCACGUAGAACCAAAAGAACUCCUUUCGUGUACGUUUCCACACACAAAAUUUCUUAAAUCUCGUUCGGUACUUUUUUUGCUGGAUUUGUUCGGUGAAAUAUCAUUUUUACCGAAUGCUUUGUAAACAAUAUUAUAUUACCAAUUUUCCGCAAUCAUAACUGCUGAAUUUCCGUAAUUUGCAGAAAUUGACCGAAAACUGUAAAUCAAAUUUGCUGAUUGAAACUGUAAAUGGCUGCGAUUCCGCAAUUCUGUAAAAAAAAAAAAUGUAACGAAUGUACUGUAAACAUAAUCUUUUAUAAAAAAAACAACAAUAAAGUACAGCAUUUCCGUAAAACUUACUGAUCAGAUUUGUAAACUUUGUACUGUCAAACUCAACCUUUGUUGCCUUUUCGAUGUUGAGUGUUCUUCGGUUCUGUUGUGAAACUUAAGUACUUUACUUUUUUGCUAGAUUCUGUUCAAUUACACCGAAAAUUUAAUUAGUUUUCAUUUCUGGGUCAAUUUAUUCCAGACGCCAUGGACGUUAGGCAACUCAAUGUCCUCCUCAAAAGUGAAUUUUAGUACGGUUUGCUGAGUCCGGCUUCACUACUGAUUUUUUUUAUGAUGUUUGUACGAACGUAAUAUGGUUGCAAAUCGUAUCCGAAUACAAUCCUAUCGUAUUAAACCAACAACCAGCAUCGAGUGCCUGCAUUGGAAUACAUUUUACAAAGGGGCUCUUCUAUUUUUAUUUAAUUUGGUUGGUCACGCCCUAAUUAAAAAACUACCAUAAACGAACGAUAACCCAAAUCAUUGAACUAUUCCACAAAUGGUUUGGAUGAUACCUUGAACACGUCGUUAAGCAAAUUACCCAUAACAUAGGGCGGCUUCAUAUCAACAUUAAUCGAUGUGGUAUCAAAGAUGAAUACUAAUAGUACGUUCAGACUACAGAGUUAUAACAUGUUAUAGCGCUAUCUUGAUGGUGGUAUCUGUGUUGCAAUUAUUUGACAACCGUUAUA